AUGAGCAGAGGCCAGCGAUGGCUUACUCUGGACGAAAAACGCCAGAUGCAAGUAGAUGUCAAGCGCAACACGGGCAUCAAGCUGUUUCGGAUUCAAGAGUGGGAACGAGCCAAGUUCAAGUCGACUUUUCUUGCGCCGUACAAUAACAAUGACGGCAAGGCUAUCCUCACGGCCGAUCUAUUGAUCGAAGAGGCUCGCUUCAUCCGAGAGGGACUUGGCAUCACGGAUGCCGAACUUAGUCUGUCUAAUGGGUGGCUCCACAAAUUCAAGACACGCCACAGCAUCAAGUUUUUUACAAUGCAUGGUGAAAGCCAUUCUGUUGAUCGUGUGAGCUUUGCUGUCAGUCAGUACGAGCUUCAAGAACUCAUUGCCCAGUACAACUCGGAAGACGUGUUCAACUUCGACAAGUCUGGGCUGUUCUACCGCCCCCCCACCUAA